CUCUACGAUGGAGGAAGUACAUUAUGGAUCGAAAAAAUAUCCAAUUGCAGCGAAAACUCGCAAAUCGAAGCUUGAUUUCCUCGCCGGUGUUCGGAGUCAUUACGAGAAAAAACAAAAGGACGCAAAGAUCGCCAAAGAACCUCGCAUCAACCUAUCGGUGCCGGGAACGCCUGUGUGUUCGCGCUACCUGCGAAGACUCUCAAGCCAAUACGUUGGGGAUGAUGAACCAAGUGGCGAGGAAGCACGCGACCAGACUGGAAAUGAUCCAGUAGCGAAUGAGCUCAUCGUCAGCAGUAUUAUACUGGAUAAAUUUCUGAAAGAUAUGCAUCAACUGUCGGUAGACAAGGAAAAUUCAAUACCUCCCAUCCAGCAGCAGACAGGACAGGAGAAAUCCAAAAUAGGCAACAGGCAUGAAACAACUGAGGAGUUUUUCGCCAAGUCCGAUGAACGGAAAGCCUAUCAUAGAACAUUUUCGGAAGCAGUUGGUACUGUUGGAGAUGCACCAGUGAUCGAGAAAAAUCCGGUGGUAAAGAAGUAUUUUGAAGAGUCUGCUACACAACGGAGUUAUCGUCGAGAUUUUUCUGAAGCGUAUGGAGUGGUGACUGAAACGGAUCCCAUUGUUCCCGCCGAAAAGAAACAGAAAAAAAUUAAAAAGAAGAAGAUCAGCCCAAAAACAGCAAAGCCUGAUGAUACACGGCGCGCGAAACUCAUCAGCGACUCUUCCGAUGAUGAGUUGACCGAAGAGGAUCGUAGUAAUUUCUUGCAGGAAUUGGACCAGCUGAAGGAAUCGAAGAAACGGCUGGAGGAAAAGCUUAAUGCCUAUCAAGCUAAGACAGUGGCUGAAUUGCAAGCCGAUGCUUCGGAAGAGAAAAUCACGCAACAGUUCUUUGAGGAGUCGGAACAGGCAAAAACAUAUCAGAGAUCGUUUUCGCAAGCAGUCCAAACGUUGGGAGACGGUCCACGAGAUGUACGUGAUCCUACGGUACUGCAAUAUUUCAACGAUUCCGCAUCACGCCAAACGUAUAGACGAGAAUUUUCCGAAGUGUACAACGAGUUUGCCCCAGUCCCAGAGGCAACACCGAACUUCAAACCAACAGUGCCGGGAACACCGAUUAGCUCCAGGCAGUUGUACAAAUUAAAAAACCACGUUGACAUAGAUCCGGUCACCCCAUCCCCGAUACAACAGCAGCUCCCAACUGCUGAAAAAUCUUCGUUCCUGGUGGAGGAAUUGCAAGCUUUCAAUCAAGAACUAGAUCGUCUGCGAGAGAAGAAACAGUUGGAAACUGUCCCAACCAAGGAACAACCUCAGCCCCGCGCCUCGGAUUUUUGCGUAGACAGUUACCUCAACACGUCAAGUCAGAAGCAAGCGUACAGCAGAUCCUUUUCCGAGGCAGCUCAAACACUUACCCAAUCGGAUGUGAAAAGCCCAACGGUCCGUUCGUUUUUUGAAGACUCUUCCCGCAAGGGCACUCUGCGUCGAGAUUUCUCGGAGGCAUACCAAGAGGUGGAGGUGUCAACCCCUCCGGCAAAGCCGAAAGCACAAGAAGCCGAUGUAACAGCGAAAAAGAAAACUGGUGCAUCAUAUGACCAAGAUCAAGAUAACAGACCCGCUGGUGAUGAUAACCAGCCAUCCAACACUUCCCUAACAGGCACGGGCGCCGUUUCCAUCCCAGGCACCCCGAUCAGCUCGAGGAAGUUGACCGCUUUCCGACGUAGCACGAGCGUUGAGCCCUCGGGCAAGACAAGCGAAGCAACGGCAACGACUCCGGUAACACCGUCCCAGGAAGGCCUUCCGGCGAUGGCUCGAGUUCCAUUGACGCCGCAACUUGAUGUUUCAGUGCCAAGACCUCCACCGACCGCGGGGAUGACGACAAUCCCGGAAGCCGGAUCCAACGGACACCUGUAA